UAUGGAGUUGAGGAGGAGACCGGCUGGGAUAAGGACCGGAAGAGGUGGGAUAGAGGAGGAGGAGAGUGGAGGAAGAAGAAGAGAAGGUAGGGAGAAGAAUAUUGGUGAGAUGAUGGAGGAGGAGGAGGAGGAGCCAAUGAGCCCGGCGGCGAGGCUCUUCCACGCGCCCCAUUUCAAUUGCCACAUCAUCGCUAUCAUGGGGAGCGGUAAGGAGAUCGACAUCGACGUGCUCAAGGCCGGCAUCCGGGCGACGCUCGCCCGUCACCCCCGCUUCUGCAGCAUUCAGGUUCUACGAAACUGGUUUUGGACGCCAGCUUAGUGUUCCAUGAAGCAACUGAGAGCUCUCAACGUGACAGGUUUUGGACGAGACGGGGGGGAAGAAGGCGAGGUGGGUGCGGACCGACGUGGAGGUAGAGAAGCACCUGGUGAUCCCGGACCUGCACCCCAAUGGCGGCGACACCUCCGCCGCGGACCGCCUCCUGGAGGACUACGUGGCCUCCCUUGGCCGGUCCACCAUGGACGCCUCCCGCCCCAUGUGGGAAUUCCACAUCCUCAACUUCCCCACCUCCGAGGCCGCCGCCGUCGCCGUCUUCCGCGUUCACCACUCCCUCGGCGACGGCGCCUCCCUCAUGUCCCUCCUCCUCGCCUGCUUCCGCAAGACGUCCGACCCCGACGCCCUCCCGUCCCUCCCCGGACCCCACCGGCCGCCGCGCUCCCCUCCGCGGGCUCUCCGCCCCCUCGCUCUCCUCCGCCGGCUCUGGGUCACUCUGGUGCUCGUGUGGAACACGCUCGUCGACGUCGCCUACUUCGUCGCCACUUCCAUCUUCUUGAAGGACACCCCGACCCCGUUCAAGGGCGCAGAGGGCACCGAGUUCCACCCCAAGCGGUUCGUGCACCGCACCAUCAGUCUGCACGACGUCAAGGCCAUCAAGAACGCCAUGCAUUGCGUAAGCUCGUCUUCUUCCUCCUUCCCCCCUUCUUUUCUUAUUCACCGGAACGAUUCCUCCUGACGCAUCAACACAUCUUCACAGACAAUAAACGACGUCCUGGUCGGCGUGACAUCCGCCAGUUUGUCUUGUUAUCUCAGUAGAAAAUAUGGUAAGAUCUCCACGCUGCACAC